CAGUCAUUUUCGAAGGAUUAGGCAGAGCGAAGAUUAAGACAUGCUCUCUCUUGUUGUAUAUAGUAACAAGAAAAAAUAUAGCUUGGGGUUACUUACAUCAUUAUCUUCAUUUGACGCGACUAUACACUACGAUGUUUAUUCAGCUGCUUAUCGAACUACUGCUCGUUCUACACUUUUUAGGUGA